AUGUCAGUAUUGUCAGAAAGCAAGUAAGCACAUUGUGUUCAAUUCGUUACAAGAUUAAAUAUCUCCGUAUAUUCUUGCGCUAAUAGUGAUAAUUGUCGUCGAGUUCAAUGCCGCUCCAAUGAUGGAGUCAUUCAUCUGAGCCAGAUAGAGUUCUAUGGAAUACAGCUUCAAUAGACAGUCUGCUACAUACAUUUUCCGCAGUUAAGAAGUAUGUAUAGCAAUGAAGAAAUGCGAUGCCUGCCGUAACCGUUCCGAUCGGGGGGCUCCGGACCAGCCGGGGGAUGACCGGGACCCCCUCCUAAACACUCCUACCAUCUUGCAGGAGGAGCCCCACAAUUUACCUAACUUAACGUGCGGCAUUUGCACGAUGUUUCCGUCGUGCAUGUCUUUGCUGCCGCGUCGCAACGAGCCGCGACCGGCGCGUCCCGGCCAGGCGCCCGUCGUGCUCAACGUCUACGACAUGUACUGGACCAACUGGUACACAGCGGGCGCGGGCGUGGGCGUGUUCCACAGUGGGGUGCAGGUGCACAGCUCGGAGUGGGCGUACGGCGGGCACCCGUACGCGUUCACGGGCGUGUUCGAGAUCACGCCGAGAGACGAACGCGAACUCGGCGAGCAGUUCCGCUUCAGACAAAGCGUGCACAUCGGCUACACAGACUUCAGCGAGGAAGAGGUCAGACGGCUCGUCACAGAAUUGGGCAAACAGUUCCGCGGUGACAGGUACCACCUUAUGAACAACAAUUGUAAUCACUUCACGUCCGCGUUUUGUCUGGCGUUGUGCGACCGGGACAUUCCCGCGUGGGUCAACCGACUCGCGUACGUCAGUUCGUGUGUACCUUUCCUACAGCGCUGCUUGCCAAAGGAGUGGCUGACCCCGGCUGCGUUGCAGCACUCAUUGGCGGCGCACUCGAGAUCAUCUUCGCCCGCCACGCCCUCUACGCCGCAAUAGCACUACGAAAACCUGCAGUCAUGCAGACCAAAAAGAAAACGUGUUGUGCGUAUUAAUUAGAUAUAAUGUUAGUUGACAGUAACUUUGGCGCGUUGUCGAACAUUUAGAAUUAAUAGUGUUGCCAGGUAGCAAAAAGAUUUUAAAGUUGCCAGUGGCAAUUCAAAAAAAUACAACGAAAAUAUUUUUUUUUCAUGUUGGAUUAUUUUUUUACCUGGCAACUAUACUAAAAUCGAGUCAAUGCAAUGGCAACUCUAUUGCAAAGAUGGCGGUUUAUUAUUAAAUCUUAUUUGUAUGUUAUAAAGUAUGCUCCCUAAUGUAUAAUAUGUAAAACACAACUGUUGUGUUAUAAUGAACCCGAUAUGCCAAUGAGUUCUAUUUCAAAAAAAAUAACCUCUUUUUUGCCUAGCAUCCAGCAAAUUCAGCAAAAAAUACUUUUAUUUAGUUUACAAGUUAUAAUCUGCUUGCGAUACCAAAUUAUUACACUGCAGAUAUAUUUAAUGAGGUCGAAUCAUUGUUAUCAUUCACGCAUAAAAGCACACUGAGAAAGAGUUUUCCAUUUUUAUAUCAUCUGAGAUUGAACACUCUGUGAAUAAUUAUUAUUUUACUACGAUACCCGGUAUAGUAAUAAAAUAAAAUAAUACAUAUUUUAUUUCCACUUUCGGUUAAGUUUGGUUUUCAUACACGCAUAAAAGCAUUGCAAUGCACACUGAGAAAGAGUUUUCCAUUUUUAUAUCAUCUGAGAUUGAACACUCUGUUUAUACUUAUUAUUUUACUACGAUACCCGGUAUAGUAAUAAAAUAAUACAUAUUUUAUUUCCACUCUCGGUUAAGUUUGGUACAGUUGCGUGCUUUUCAUACACGCAUAAAAGCAUUGCAAUGCACACUGAGAAAGAGUUUUCCAUUUUUAUAUCAUCUGAGAUUGAACAUCCUGUAGAGUCGACAUCCAUUUUCGAUCAAAUCCCAGAAAAGUCAAAUACGCAGUACACUUUAAUAAUUUCACAUGACUGCUCAAAAAGUGAUUUUGAAGUUCCUAUAAAUACAUUUUGCAAAUUUUUUAAAUCGCUUACACGAUUCCGUACAUGUCUAAAAUAGCGUAUAAUCAUUUUUUAACGAAAACUAUUAACACUAACAAACUAAUAGUAGGCUGCAUGAUCUACGAUCUUUGCUUGUUUUGAACAAAAAAAUAAAUUGAACUCAAUAAACGAACCAUAGAAGUUAUUUUUUUAAAUCCGGAUUCUUUUGGAUUUAAGUUUAGGAGUUAAUGUCAUAAAGCACUUUGUAGGUUAAAUUUAUACAUUAUACGUAGUUUUAGGGUUCCGUCCGUUGAAAGUUUUGAACUAGAUUUAAAAUCGUGCGUUAUUAAAAAGGUUUGUAAUCGAAUA